CGGAGGAGGCGGUUUCCAGCCCCGCUUGUGCGUGGGGGGGAGGCGGGAGGUGUCGGCACGGCAGCCCCCGCGUGUCGGGGAGAAAAAAGGAAGAAGUGACGCUCGGGAGACCCCGAGGAGCCUUCGCGGCGCCCCCGGACGGAGCCGCCUCUGCACGGAUGAAGAUGGUCGGUGCCCUUCUGGUUACACUCUGGCUAUGCAUGGUCACCCUUGGCAGCAGCUCAGAACGCUGUGAUGACUGGGGUGUGGACACCAUGAAGCAGAUCCAGAUUUAUGAUGGGGAGCCUGCCAAGAUCAAAUGCCCACUUUUUGAGACCUUCUUGAAGUACAACUACAGCACAGCCCAUUCUGCUGGCUUAACCUUGAUCUGGUACAGGAUUGGGCAGGACCGGGAUCUGGAGGAACCUAUUAAUUUUCGUCUCCCAGACAAUCACAUCAGUAAGGAGAAAGACACGCUUUGGUUCUGGCCUGCUCUUCUCAAUGACACUGGGAAUUAUACAUGCAUGCUGAGAAAUACCACUUACUGCAGUAAAGUUGCAUUUCCCUUGGAAGUUGUUGCAAAAGACCAUCAGUCUUGCGUGAGCCAUUCCAUAAAACCCACCGAGGAGAUGUUCUACUUGGAGCAUUUCAAUGAGAAGAUCAUAUGUCCAGCUAUCGAUGGGUUUUACCCUGCUAGUGUAACACCAACCGUCAAGUGGUACUUCAACUGCGACUUGGUGGAUGGCUUCAAUGAGCGGUACCCUCAGGGGCCUAGGCUUGUCAUCGGCAUUGUCCGCAGUGUGUAUGAAGGGAAUUACACUUGUAUUGUGACAUUCAAGGACCACGGAAGAACCUAUAAUCUCACCAGAACCAUAAAGAUGAAGGUGGUGGGAUCUCCAAACAAGGCCUUGCCACCACAAUUUGUCUCUCCAAACGAGAAAGUUGUCUAUGAAAUGGAAGCAGGAGAUGACCUUGUUCUCUCCUGUGAGGUCUUCUUCACCUUCCUGAAGGACUCCCGGACUGAAGUGUGGUGGACCAUAGAUGGGAAAAACACAGAUGACAUCAUGGACCCCAAGAUAAAAGUGACACAAAGUGAAAUCACUAGAGACUUUGAAGACAAAACUGUCAUAAGGAUUCUAACGAUCGCAAAAGCCACACCAGAGGACUUGAAACGGAAUUAUACUUGCUAUGCCAGAAACACUAAAGGCGAGGAUCAUAGCCAGGCCAUAGUGCGCUUGAAAGCUGUAGCACCAAAGUACACUGUGGAGCUGGCCUGUGGACUAGGGGCAACCAUCCUGCUCAUUGUGGUGCUGAUAGUCGUCUAUCACGUUUAUUGGCUUGAAAUGGUUCUCUUCUAUCGGGCUCAUUUUGGAACAGAUGAAACCAUUCUAGACGGGAAGGAAUACGAUGUGUAUGUGUCCUACGCACGCAACGCAGAGGAGGAGGAAUUUGUGCUGCUGACACUGCAGGGAGUCUUGGAGAAUGAGUUUGGGUACAAGCUGUGUAUCUUCGACAGAGACAGCCUUCCUGGGGGAAAUACCACCGAAGCUGUGUUCGACUUCAUACAGAGAAGCCGCAGAAUGAUUGUGGUCCUGAGUCCUGAUUAUUUGACGGAGAAGAGCAUCAGCCUGCUGGAAUUCAAGCUGGGCAUCAUGUGCCAGAAUGCCAUUGCCACCAAGCUCAUCGUGGUGGAGUACAGGCCGCUGCAGUGCACCCACCCCAGCAUCCUCCAGCUGAAGGAGUCCGUCUCCUUCGUCACCUGGAAGGGGGAGAAAUCCAAGCGCUCUGGCUCCCAGUUCUGGAAGGCAUUGCGGCUUGCCUUGCCGCUGCGCAGCCUGAGUGCCAGUGCCGGCUGGAACGAGAGCUGCUCCUCCCAGUCGGACAUCAGCCUGGAUGCUGUUCAGAGGAGAAGAAGCCGGUUGAAAGGGCAGCCUGACACACAGGGCGCCACAGCAGGGACUCUUGCUUCCAGAGGGAUGGCCUCAGCUCCUGAAUCAAAGGCCAAACACCGAGCCAAGCACUUCUUGACAUGCCAGUGUUGUGGGACCUAUUGCAAUAGUGGCAGCAGAAUCAAGCACAAGCAUCAGGCUGUGUCUGAGCCCAAGUGGGACACUCGCCUCUGCAAGCCAGGCCCAGGCAGGCCUGCGGCACAGGGGGUUCAGGGCAGAAGUCGGCCUGAGCCCCCGACAGCACAGGCUCCCGCUCUUGCCCUCUGCCAUUACAGUGACCUGUCGAACAAUGACUUCUACGUACUCUAGCCAAGAGACUGACAGCACUGAAGGUGCAGGGCUGGCAAAAGAAACUCACUGCAGCCUCAGCUAAGAUAGUUUUAUGGUAUCACAGGCUGAUGCGAUGGCAUUCACCACCAGUCUCAUGCCAGCAUGGAGAACUGCAGCAACGUCACCAGUGCUGGUGCUCUGCGCCAGCGACCUGCAGCCGCACACAGGGCAGCAGUUGAGGGUUUACUGCCUGGGUCCUUCUCCGUAAUUUAAA